GUGCCCCAGGCGCGUAUCGUACCAUCCUCUUGGAUGGAGGGUGUUUCGGGCUCCUUCCGCUUGCGCCAGUCUCAGCCGCAACUGCCCCGCACUGUCAGAAGUGGCGGCAGCCACGGCGCAUCGUAUUUGCUCUGCGUGCUACUACGAUAUCCAGCUUGUUUUGCUGCGUCACGAUGAGAGUGGCGGGGUGGUGCGGCGAAGUAAAAAAUGCGCCAGUGCUCGCUUCUUGUCAGGGCGCUCUCGUACUUGAGCACGCAUGUUCUGCUGGAGGCCUCGCCUGUGUCUGCCGGCCUUUAGUUCAUGCCAAGGGGCAACGUGAUUUGGUACCAGUUUAG